UUCUUCAUCUCCACUCCUUCCUCAGGUGCCUUUACUGUGACACCUCAGGCUGAACACACGAGGGAGGAGUAGAAACACACCCAGGUGGUGUUUAAGAGGCUUCUCUCGUGGGACUACUUUUUACCUGAGAAGGGAGAGAAAAGACAAAUCAAUGCUGAGGUUGUGUUUUUGAGCGAUGGGCUCUGAAAACCCAGAGGACUUUGGACCAGCCGAGAUCCUCACAGAGGAGGAUCCGCAAGCCAUCGGAGGCCUGAUCAACUCUGACGGAGAAGAAGUGGAUUUCUCAGAUCUCAGAGAGAACGCCAUCCCUGUCGUUGUGCCUGCAGAGACGCCCUCCAAGACGUUUGAUCCGAGCGAGAAUGAAAAAACGCCGUCCCUCCACAGCUGCUCCGUGUGCGGCAAAGACUUCCCUUACGCCUCCAAACUCCAGCGCCACUUGCGCACCCACUCCGGAGAGAGACCUUUCCCCUGCUCCAUGUGCGAGAAGAGGUUUCCGGAGAAGGGGCUGCUCAUGAUCCACGAGAGGGUCCACACCGGGGAGAAGCCGUUCCCGUGCACUUUCUGCGAGAAGAGGUUUGCCAGCCAGGGCGAGCUCCGGCUGCACCGGCGGACACACACCGGGGAGAGGCCGUACCACUGCUCCAUCUGCCUGAAGAGCUUCUCCCGACACUGGCAUCUGAAAACGCACUUGGACGCGAUGCACUCCGAGGUUGUCGCGGGCUUCACGAGGAAGAAGUUCCCGUGCUCGGACUGCGACAAGAGCUGCAACUCGGCCGCCGAGCUGAGGGAUCAUCAGAGGACUCACACCGGCGAGAGGCCCUACCAGUGCUCCUUCUGCGACAAAAGGUUCGCCUUGUCGGGCACACUGGUGAGACACGAGCGCCUCCACACUGGAAUUACGCCUUACCACUGCUCCGACUGCGGCAAGACGUUCGCUCAGCAGUGGACGCUGACGACGCACAUGCGGACUCACACGGGGGAAAAACCCUACAGCUGCACACAGUGCGACAAGUCCUUCGUGGCUCCCGGAGAGCUCCGGAGGCACACCAGGAUUCACACGGGGGAAAAGCCGUACACGUGCAAGGACUGCGGGAGGCACUUCUCACUGGCGGGAACUCUGAGGAACCACAAACGAUCGUGCACGCAGAACAAGAAUGGAUCGGUCACAGAUGUCGUCUUGGACCCGGUUCAAGCUGCUGGUGUUGAAUCAGCGCAGCCGGACCUGGCCAACAACGUCAGCUCUGAGGUGUCUGACAGUAAGAGUUUGCCCAGUGUGGUUGAGCCCCAGUCCUCAGAGGCUCUUAACUCUGACAAAGCAGCUCAGUGUGAAAAAACCCCGCAAGAACCAGAAGACCGACCGGAGGACGUCGUUUCCAGUCCACCUAUGAAUGUAAUCGUGAAAGAGGAGGAAGAAGAGGAACCGUUGUGCGAAGAAGCUCCCGAGCAGGUGUCUGGUAGUGAGGACUGCACCAUGCAGGAGGAGACUGAAGAGCAGCGUCAGGAGAGCAACACAGAAAUUAGGAUUACAGUAAAGGAGGAAGAAGAUGAACUUAUUAACAUGUCUGAAGAGGACCCCGAUCAUGUCUCUGACAGUGACAAAGACAGUCCUCCAGCCUCGCCGGGGCAGGACCAGUGCAACGAGCAUCUGACGAAGAGCUCUUACUGCUGCGGGCUCUGUGGAAGAGACUGUCACAAGAUGUCUGCCCUCCAGAUUCACAUGCGGAUUCACUCGGGAGAGAAACCCUACCAGUGCUCUCUGUGUGGCAAGCAGUUCACCCAGAAAGGUCAGCUCAAAGGUCACCAGAAAGUCCACACGGGAGAGAAACCGUUCUCCUGCCCGGACUGCGGGAAGAGCUUCGCCCACUCGGGGGCCAUGAACAGACACCGGCUCACCCACACGGGGGAGAGGCCCUACCACUGCUCCGUGUGCGAGAGGAGCUUCAACCAGUCGGGCCGCUUGAGGGAACACGAGAAAAUCCACUUCGGGGAGAAGUUUGACUGUCCCGAGUGCGAAAAGAGUUUCACGCGAGCGUCGAGCCUCAAGAACCAUUUCAGGCUUCACACGGGAGAGAGGCCGUACGGCUGCGACGUCUGCGGGAGAGGAUUCAGCCGCUCGCAGAGUCUGAGGCUCCACAAACGGAAACACGAGCAGAUCCACCCCGAGGAGGAGGAGGAGGAGGAGGAGGAGGAGUCGGCAUUCGGCGCCAGGAGCGAUGAUUUAUCACAAAGUGACGAUAACUCUCCGCUUAAUAUGUGUAUAGCAGACAAAAAUGACUGAUGAUGUAUUUAUAUAUGAAGAAAUAAGAGAGAACAGUAGUCGUGCAACUCUACAAGAUUUUAGGCAGUAAAACAUGAACCGAAAGAGGAGAAAACAAGGGACUACCUCUGUGAAUAGACCGUUAUUAAACAUUUACGUAGUGGCUCACAAAAGAAGUAUUAAAGCUAAAGCAUUUAACGCCCUGAAAUUAAUAAAGAAAUAUGUGUCAAAUGAUGUUCAGCAACUAACAACAGUUUCACAAAAUGACCAAAUAUUUAAUACAAACACAGCUUCAGUAAAAUCUUGGAAAAGGUUCAGAUGAUACAUUUUAAAGGUCACAUUUAUUGUCUUUUAUAACUCGGACUUAUGUUAGUUGAAUCAAAAUAUCACACUCACAUUUAUAGUAUUUAUUGUAGUACAAAUGGCUGAUUUGAGGUCCGUGAUUUCACAUUUUCCAUGCAGUAUUUGUCCUUCGAACUAAUUGUGUAUGUGGAAAUUGGAUUUAAGAGUAAAUAUAUUAUUGUAUCAAACGUUAUGAUGGCCAAUGAGCGGUCUGUGAAUCAGGUGAAACUGGAAUUCAUCCUUUGGGUAGGAGCUACUGAAAUGUCUGAAAUGUUUUAGCCAGUAAUGAAGCAACAGGAUUAUGAUAUUCAUCAGAAGUUUUAUUUAUAUUUUUGGCCAAAACCAUUUUGCCUUAGUGGUGAUAAAUCUUUUAUCUCUGUGUUUGUGUUAUGUUCACAACCAGGUUCACCUGGUUUGAACAACUCUUAAAGGCCAACAACUGUUGUGAAUAAAAGAUUCAUCCUUAAAGGCUGUGAUAGAAAAGUACUGCCUCUGUCUAACUGUAUGGGACAUGUUAUACUGUACAAUAAAAGUAAAA